AUGUUUUCAAGAAAAAAAAUGGAAGGAACAAAUCUUACAGUUGUGAUGGAAUUCAUUCUCCUGGGAUUUUCUGACCUUCCCAAGCUCCAAGGCUUUCUAUUUGGAAUUUUCUUUAUCAUAUAUAUGACUAUCCUUAUGGGAAAUGCCCUUAUAAUUGUCAUAACUCAGGUUGAACCAGCUCUUCAAACACCCAUGUAUUUUUUUCUUGGAAAUUUUUCCUUCUUAGAGAUUUGCUACACAUCAGUCACACUUCCCAGAAUCCUGAUAAACCUUUGGACCCAGAACAGGCAUAUUUCUUUGCCAGCUUGUGCCACUCAACUUUGUAUCUUUCUUAUUCUGGGAUUAACAGAGUGUUUUCUACUGGCUGUAAUGGCAUGUGAUCGUUAUGUAGCUAUAUGUAAGCCUCUGUAUUAUCCUCUUAUCAUGAAUCACAAGGUGUGUACCAGACUUGUAGUUGGUGCAUGGAUAAGUGCAAUCCCAGUUGUGAUGGUACUGGCAUACCAGAUUUUUUCUCUGCCUUUCUGUGGUUCUAACAAACUUAAUCAUAUUUUUUGUGAUAUCCAUCCUCUAUUGAAAUUGGCCUGUGGGGACACAUCUUUGAAUGAACUAUCUGUCUAUAUUGAUGGUAUUCUAUUUGGCAUGGCUCCCUUUCUCCUGAUAAUUGUGUCCUACAUCAAAAUCAUCACUGCCAUCUUUAAGCUUCCAUCAGGCAUGGGGAGACACAAAGCUUUCUCCACUUGUUCUUCUCACCUCAUGGUUGUUGGUUUAUUUUUUGGUUCUGCUCUCAUUAUGUAUGUGAGACCUAAGUCUAGCCACUCAGCAGGAAUAGAUAGAAUUCUCUCAAUUUUCUAUACCAUUGUUACCCCAAUGUUUAACCCAAUGAUAUAUAGCUUGCGUAACAAAGAUGUAAUUUGUGCCCUGAAAAAAUUACUACCCAAAUGCGUAGGGUCUUGA